UGGGCAUUGAACGUUGAACUUGAGUUGCAUUCGACUAUAAAAUUCAGCAACAAUGAGAUUGCAAGGUCUGCUGUCGCAGGCCGCCCUGCUAUUCUGCGUCCUCCCUUCGGCUGCUGUAGCUGCGUCAUGGACAUUCACAGAAGGAUCUGUCAGCGUCGCAACCAAGGGCGCAGGCGUUGGAGGAGGCCUCAAGGAGCAGCUUGCACCUUCGAAGGCACUGUCCAAACCCGUGAAGUUGGGAGCAGCAGACACACUCAAGGUCAUCCUGACCACGCAAGACGGCAAGACGACCAAACGUCCUCAUCAAGCGUUCCUCCUGGUCCAAGACUCGUCCAAGAAGCUCGACAUCUCAUACCCUUUCAGCAUCAAAGAGUCGGGAAAAGCAAAGCUCGAACUGACACAGAAAGAUUUACCCUCUCAAUUUCUACGGUCUUCGACGCCGCUUUCAGCGACCAUUGUCAUUGCCUCAUUCGGCUCUUCAGAAGGAUACAACAGCGAGGCUUUUCCUCUGACCAUCGAGCUUGACCCGAACGUUCCAGUCCCCGUCGUCGACAAAGGUGUCCGUUAUGGAAAACUCCCCGAGAUACAUCACAUUUUCCGCACCGAUCCCAAGAGCCCGAGCAUCGCGAUCAGCAGUGUCUUCCUACUUUUUGUGAUCGCCACCUUUUCGCCAUUGAUAGGAGCCUGGGGAUACCUAGGUGGUAACGUCAACCACCUCUCCAAGGCCCUUUCGGACGCUCCUCUCUCACACGCCUUGUUUGUGGGGUCCAUUUUCGGUAUCGAGGCCGUCUUGUUUCUCUACUACACCACGUGGAACCUGUUUCAGACUUUGCCGGUACUGUCUGCUCUGGGAGUGAUCGCAUUCUUGUCGGGGAGCAGAGCUCUCACAGAAGUACAAGAGCGUCGUCUUGCAGGUCUUCGUUGAGAAGCCCGUCCAAAGAUCAACAGUCGAGAAAAGGACUUCUCAUGAGGAUUUUUGUAGGCCAAACAAACUAGAUGUAUACCAGGAUGCUAUUAUCAGUCAACACAUAUAUCCAUAUGAGAAAAGUUUUAGAGAUGAAUAAGCCCGAUGCCAUUUUGACCAAAGGAUGUAAAACCGGGGUCUGACCUCACAUCAUACCCGAUCAUUAUCUCGAGUGUUAGAAAGUAUUCUCAGGUUGAUCUGAUCUGUUGGAAACCGAGGAAGGAAUAUUAGUUAUGUAUAUGUAUUGUAGUGCAUUAUGUACA